AUGAGCAUGUCACAAAAAGCAAAAACAAUAGAUGAUCAAAAUGAGGAUGCGAGUGCAUUGCAACAGUCCUUCACCAUCUGGUCUCCCCAGGACACAGUACGAGAUGUUGCGGAGUCCCUGGGUCUGGAAAAUGUCAACGAGGAAGUGCUGAAGGCGCUUGCGAUGGACGUCGAGUACCGUAUACUGGAGAUUAUCGAGCAGGCGGUGAAGUUCAAGAGGCACUCGAAGCGGGACACCCUGACGACGGAUGAUGUGGCUAAAGCGCUACGUGUGCUGAAUGUGGAGCCUCUGUAUGGGUACCACGACGGCUCACACUCGAACAGAGAGCUGUCGUUUGCCAAGGUGAACACUGCUGGCGGGCAGUCUGUGUACUACUUGGAUGAGGGAGAAGUGGACUUUGACAAGCUGAUCAACGAGCCUCUGCCACAAGUGCCGCGUGUUCCUACGUUCACGACACAUUGGCUGGCAGUCGAAGGUGUGCAACCUGCAAUUGUGCAGAACCCUAACCUGAACGACAUCAGACAGUCGCAGCCUCCGAUAGUGCGUGGAGCCAUUGUGACAGCGCUGAAUGAGAGCAGCUCACAACUUGGAGGCAGCAGUGGUAGUAACAACGGGACGGGCAAGGGCAGUGUCGGUGGAGAGAGUGUUGGUGGGAGUGGGAGCAAUCUUGCGAGCGUUGUGCAGCCCGGGCAGAACGUGGAUGUCAAGCCACUGGUGAAGCAUGUGCUGUCGAAGGAGCUGCAGAUAUACUUCAACCAGAUCAUUAGUACACUGACGAAGCAUGUUGAGAGUGGGGACGAGGAAGGCCAGCACAUGAAGGGAGCGGCACUGAUGUCCUUGAAGACGGAUACUGGUCUGCACCAGCUGGUGCCCUACUUCAUCCAGUUCAUAGCAGAACAGAUCACACAUAACCUAUCCGACCUUGAACUGCUGGGGACGAUACUGGAGAUGAUGUACUCGCUGCUGAGCAACACGUCGAUCUUCCUUGACCCAUAUAUCCACUCGCUGAUGCCAUCUGUGCUGACGCUGCUGCUGGCGAAGAGGCUAGGAGGGACGCCUGAGAAGGACGACGAGGCUAGUGCUGUGGAGUUUCUUGAGAAGACGAAUGCUGUGCGGGACUUUGCGGCGUCGUUGCUGGACCACAUAUUGCGUAAGUUCCCACAGGUGUACAAGUCGCUGAAGCCGCGGGUGACACGGACGCUACUGAAGACGUUCCUGGACACCAACCGGUCAUUUGGGACAUACUACGGGUGCCUGCGUGGUGUCUCUGUGCUGGAGCCGGAGUCGAUACGGUUCUUCCUGGGGAACCUGCACAACUGGGCCAGGCUAGUGUUUGAAGAGCAAGGGGUCACGGUGGGAGAUGCUGGGGAGCACACGCCAUCGCGGUUUUCGAAGCAAGAGGUAGGACAGCUAGUGGAUGCGAUUGUGUCAGCGCUGGUUGUCCUGAAGAAAGACCUGCCUGAAGUGUACGAGGGCCAAGGUGAGGCGGUCAGCGAGGGAGACAAGGAGCGGCUGGUGGCCAAGUGUGGUGUCACCGUUGCCCAUAGCAUAUUGGAGCGGGAGGAUGCACAGGAGAUUACAUGUGCCAUUUUCUUUGGUGAAAACAUGUAA